AUGAUAUUUGGUUUUUAUCAUGCAUCUUAUCCGUUACAAUUGGAAAAAACCAUUCAUUUCUUUGUAGCCAUUGUAGCGUUGAAGAAGUGUUUAUGUGAAUUAAUGGAGAAGAUAGCAAUGAGCACCAAAAUUCAUCUUCACUUAACCUCCCAUUUCCCUCCACCAUUCUCCCAAUCCAAAACGCCAACUCCGUUGCUCCACAAAUGGAUUCAUCUUCGAAACACCCAAUUUCGAGGUCACCUACUCAAGGUCGAUAGCUCGAGGAGAAGAAGGAGAUCGAACACGGAGACUGACACCUAUGUGUUGAUGGAGCCAGGCGAGGAUGAGGAAUUCGUGUCGGAAGACGAAUUGCGCGACAAGUUGAAACAAUGGUUGCAGAAUUGGCCGGGUAAAUCUCUUCCACCCGACCUUGCACGAUUUGAUUCCAUCGAUGAUGCUGUUCAAUACCUAGUUAAAUCUGUUUGUGAGCUCGAAAUCGAUGGCGAUGUCGGCUCAAUUCAGUGGUACCAAGUCCGAUUGGAGUAGCUAUAGUAUUUGUUUGUUAAUCAUGUUAUUGAAAAACGCCCCUUUUGUGUUCGAUGAAAUGCUUGAAUUGAUAAUACAUGAGUAUUACAGAAGUAAA